CACAUAAUAGUUUGCUUAUUAAUCCUGAGAACACAGUUUACAUUUGAUCUCGUCAUGUUUCCAAUCCUCGCACGCAAUUCUAAGAUGAAUGUAUAUUACACCUUAUACCAUUAGAAUAAGGUUUAUAAAUGUAAAAUGUGCUAAAGAUGUGCUCUGCAAACCUGAAUGUGCGCAUUGCCAUUAUUAUCAGAGUUAUCGUGUUAUCUUACGGGUGGCAAUGUAAGUAGCAAUAUUUUAAAGGCUUUAAAUUCUGACAUUAAUGUAGAAGAAAACUAAAUGGCGGACGUGAUUGACAACGAACACAGCGAUUUGCUAAGAAAUGGCAAAACAAAUCAGAAAUUGCCAUAUCCGAAGGCGGUCGGGUUUAUUGUAACAAAUGAGUUCUGCGAAAGAUUUUCAUAUUAUGGAAUGCGAACAAUCCUGUCACUGUACCUGCGCGACAAGCUCGGGUACUCUGACAAUGGAGCCACUGUUAUCUACCACGUCUUCACUAUGUUCGCCUACUUCUUCCCGGUGCUCGGCGCCAUGAUAGCUGACGGAUGGCUUGGACGCUUCAGAACUAUAUUGUACCUGUCGCUGGUUUACGCAGCGGGGAGCGUUUUGAUAUCGCUGACAGCCAUGCCGCCCGUCGGGCUACCGCAACUUGAGUUCACAAUCAUGGCUUUGCUGUUGAUUGCCUUCGGCACCGGCGGCAUCAAGCCUUGUGUAUCCGCGUUCGGUGGGGACCAGUUCAAGCUUCCCGAACAGGAGAGGUACCUGGGGUACUUUUUCUCGCUCUUCUACUUCGCUAUCAACGCCGGAAGCCUUAUAUCCACGUUCCUCACACCGAUUCUGAGAGCAGACGUUCAUUGCUUUGGAGACAACGACUGUUACUCGCUUGCCUUCGGUGUUCCAGGAAUCCUGAUGAUUGUGUCUAUUCUGUUCUUCGUGGCCGGCAAAAGAUUAUACAUAGUGAAGAAGCCGGCGGGUAACGUUUUAGGCAAAGUCGCUACGUGCGUCGGUCACGCGGUGGUGCAAUCGGCGAAAAGCAAAGACAAACGCGAACACUGGCUGGACUACGCAGACGACAAGUACGACAAAAAUCUAAUAGAAGACAUCAAAUCGCUGCUCAGAGUGCUCCUGCUUUUCAUACCACUACCAGUUUUCUGGGCACUGUUUGAUCAACAGGGUUCGAGAUGGACAUUCCAAGCCGACAGGAUGGAGCAAGACAUUGGUAGUUGGACCCUCAAAGCCGAUCAGAUGCAAGUGCUCAAUCCGCUGCUUAUUUUAAUAUUUAUUCCUCUUUUCGAAGUGGCAAUCUACCCGUUAUUAACGCGGUGCAAACUCAUUCGCAAACCUUUACACAAAAUGGUAUGGGGCGGUAUCCUGGCAGCGUGUGCGUUUGUCAUAUCGGGCAUUGUCGAAUUAAAUCUUUUGCCAACAUACGGGACGCCGGUGUCGGAAGGUUUGGCGCAGUUGCGAGUUUACAACGGCUAUAACUGUAACUUCAUUCUAAACACGGGCGAUUUGAUCAACGAGAAUGAGACGAUGUUCAACCACAUUGGCCCGUUGUCUGUAUACGAGAAGUUGGACAUUGCAACGGAUAGAAUCGCUGAAUUACCUUACUACUUACGCGGCGAGGGCAGUUGCGCGGACAUUGUAUACAACGGCCAUUUCCAUUUGAGAGAGAAAACCGCAAAUUCUUUCUUUAUUGGUCACAACGGUGUUUAUAAUUUCACCGACAAUAAUGACAAAGCUAUAGACGGUGUGAGCGUGAGAUUUUUAGCAAAUAUAAACGGUGAGGCAGCUAUAACACUAUUAGACAGUAAACGGAAUAGGACAAUACUCAAUCUGACAAGUAGCGACACUAACCAAAAGUCUAUACAAAAGGGAGCGGGUGAUGUGAUAAUUAAUGGAGUGACAGUAUUAAGAGACCAUGCAUUCAAAUCUGGCGCCGUGUACACGAUCAACGUCUUCCAAGAUGGGAAUGAUUCAUAUAUUGCAAAUCCGGUGAUAAUUACGCCACCCAAUAGCAUCCACAUAUUAUGGCUGGUGCCGCAGUACGUGGUGAUGACCAUGGGAGAGGUGAUGUUCUCCGUGACGGGCCUGGAGUUUUCCUUCACUCAGGCGCCCGCCAGCAUGAAGUCGGUGCUGCAGUCGGUUUGGCUUCUCACUGUCGCUUUUGGCAAUCUGAUUGUUGUCCUCAUCGUGGAAGGAAAUUUCUUGGACGCGCAGUGGAAGGAAUUCUUCUUGUUCGCCGGUCUGAUGAUAAUAGACAUGUUGAUAUUCACUGCCAUGGCGUUUAGAUACAAGUACGUGGAACUUACAUCAAGUACAGAAGACGUGGCUGUGGAAGAGAUCAAACUGCCAGAGAAAAACACACAAAUAACAGAAAACUAGAGUUUACGGUAUUAAAUAGAAUUGUUAUUUGAUUAA